GGCACCCUGGCUACGCAGCCAGGCUGCGGCAGCCAGUAAAACAUAUGACGUUGUAUAGGAGUCCGCGCACUAGGCAGCCACGAAUUCCCGGCUGCUGCAGCCAAUACAACGCGCCUGUUUGCACGGCAGCCGACUGGCUGCCAGCAGCCAGAACGUGUGUAGGCGAAUGUAUGUGGCUGCGCCAGUCUCCGCGCACUAGUUGUAGCAGCCAGACGUAUUUUGCGUUCCGAACUUUUUCAAAAGAUGACUUUCGAUACAGAGAAAUUUAUUCGGGAAAUUGAAAGCCGUAAAGCAAUUUGGGAUAUAACAUCAGAAGAAUACAGUGAUCGUGAUUUAAAGAAAAGAAGAUGGGAAGAAAUCACGAACACAAUGUGCUCGGAAAAUUUAUCAGAAAAUGAAAAAAAUGAAUUUGGUAAAUCUCUACAGAGCAAGUGGAAGAACAUCAGGACUAGUUACAAUAGGGAAGUGAAACGCAG